AUGGGUGGGUGGCUCCUACCAGGCGGCGUCGGCAUCGGCGUCAGAGGAGCAGAAGGGGGGGGAAUUGGAGGAGUUGCAGAGGAGGUGGGUGAGGGGCUUCUGCCAGACGGCGAGGUCGUCCUUCUCGACGACCUUGGUCCAGCAGAGGCGGCGGGCGAGGGCCUCGAUCUUGUCCUGCUCAUGGUGGAGGUCCUCGGGGGUCCUCUCCCAGCCCUUGUGGUACUUUCUCCACCGAAUCGGCGGGCCGGAGAGGAUCCAGUACCCCCCCGGCCGCAGCACCCUGUCCACCUCCAUCAGGUACAGCCCCUCUGCAGAGCAAGUUACAGUAGAGAGCGAGAGAGAGAGAGAGAGCAAGUUACAGUAGAGAGAGAAAGAGAGAAAGAGAAGUUACAGUAGAGAGAUGAGGAUGAUUGGCACCGUAUUCGAACCAGGGGAUGAGGCAGCGGGAGCAGUGGGCCAUGUCGAAGGCGCGGGUGGGGUAG